CUACUGGAACUCAGCGACGUAGAGGGUUCUCAAAGUAGCGUGUAAGGCAGUGGCUACAGCAGUCGAAACGGGCAUUUAUACCCACCUGGACGGAUAUGUGACUGAGUUCGAAGAAAUCUACAAAGAUCGCGACAUGCGAGGACUGUACCAACCCCUCAAGAGAUCAGUGGGCCUCAGCGGGAGACAAGCGGGGGGACAGCAGUUCGUCGCGGAUGAGAACGGCGUGUUGCUCCGGAACAGGGACGACAUCCUCCAGCGGUGGGCGAGAUUCUUCAGCACCCUCCUCAACACCAAACUCCCCACCCUGAACCCAGACAUCAUCGAACGAGGGACGCAGCGGCCAGCGACACGUGACACUCAACGGUUGGGAGAUGUGCCAGAACUCGAGGAGGUGGCACGGGCAACGAAAGUCCUCAAGAACUGGAAGGCACCCGGCCAUGACUCCCUCCCUGCCGAGAUGCUCAAGAUCGAUGAUGACGAACCCUUCGUCCUGGGACACCUCCAGACCAUCCUCGUCAAGGUGUGGAACGGAGGAGAUAUUCCGCGAGAGUGGAAGGACGCAACCAUGAAGGUGCUGUACAAGGAGGGUGACCGGUCCAACUGUAACAACUACAGGGGGAUUUCGCUACUAUCUCACGUAGGCAAGGUCCCCAUCAAGAUCAUCACCAACCGUCUAAGCGCCUUCUGCGAAGCCAACAACAUCCUCCCGGAGGAACAGUGCGGAUUUCGACCCGGGCGAUCCACCGUCGACAUGCUGUUCGUCGUGCGCCGCCUCCAGGAGCUGGGGCGGAGAAAGAAAAUACCGCUCUACAUGUGCUUCGUCGACUUGAACAAGGCGUAUGAUUCGGUGGACCGAGAGAUGCUAUGGAAGGUGCUGGCCAGGGCCGGGAUUCCCGCGAAGCUGAUCGAAGUCAUCCGCCAAUUCCACGAUGGAAUGCGGGCCCGGGUGCGCAUGGACGACGGAGAAGUAUCGGACUGGUUCUUCGUGACACAGGGCGUGCGACAAGGAUGUGUGCUAUCCCCACUGCUGUUCAACAUCUUCUUCGCCGAGGUCCUCGAGGUCGUUGUCAUCCGAUUCAGCGAGGAUGAUGUUGUUCUGCAGAACCUGGUGUGCUUGGAGGAGGGGAAGACAGAAGCGGGGGGAGGGGAGGAGACACCUCUUGACCGAGUACGGAGCGCAGUAUGGGGGAUGCUGUAUGCCAAUGAUGCCGGCGUCGUAUCGAGGUCUGCAGAAGGACUGGCGAGAAUGAUGACCAUCAUCGUUGAGGUGUUCGGGGAGUUCGGGCUAACGGUGUCGGAGAAGAAGACGGAGACGCUCCUGAUGCGCGCGAAGGACAAGCCGACUACAACAUCACAGCCCCCCCCGCCUCCACCACUGACCAUCGAAGCCGCGGGACAGAAAUACGCCCAGACGACCGAGUUCCGGUACCUCGGUGGCCUCGUCAACGAACACGGUGACCUCACCCGGGAGAUCAACUACAGGAGCAGAGGAGCGUGGGCGUGCCUCAGGCGAUAUGGCCUGGAGCUCUUCGACAGACCGCAAGCGCCAUUCCGACUCAAGAUCCGCCUGCUCCAGGCGGAGGCGAUGGAGGCACUGCUGUACGGCUGCAUGACAUGGUCACCACUCAGCGGCCACUAUCAGACGCUUCGGUCGAUACACCAACCGACUGCUCCUUCGAGCUAUCGGGUGAAGGGACUAGUGAAAAAGAAGAAAAAGUGUAUUUGGGACGAAGUAGUGCAGAAGGCCAACGGAGGCCUGGAGGGAAACGUCAAGCAGAUGUGGGAAGGGAUUAGUGGAAUGGUAAAAAAGACCGCGCAAGGGGGGGAUACAGGGGUCGCAACUUUGCGAGGUGUGAACGGUGGAUUAGUCAGCAGUGGGAAGGGAAAAAGGGAAGUUCUAGCAGGACACUACAAGGGACUUGGAGUGCCCUCGGAGAAUGAAGCUUUUGACCCAAGUGUUUAAGGAGGAGGUGGACGCAUGGGCC